GGCAUUUUUGUGCAGCUGGUGAAGGCCAACUCGCCGGCGUCACUGGUGGGGCUGCGCUUCGGUGACCAGAUCCUGCAGAUCAACGGCAAGAACUGCACGGGCUGGAGCAGCGACAAGGCGCAGCGGGUGCUGAAGAAGGCGUCCCCAGAGAAAAUCGUCAUGGUGGUGCGGGACAGGCCUUUCCAACGCACCGUCACCGUGCACAAGGACAGCACUGGCCACGUCGGCAUCGUGGUCAAGAAGGGGAAAAUCGUGUCGCUGGCCAAGGACAGCUCUGCUGCCCGCAACGGCCUCCUCACCCACCACUACAUCUGCGAGGUGAACGGCCAGAAUGUCAUCGGCAUGAAGGAUAAGCAGCUCAUGGAGGUGCUGGCAGGGGCCGGGAACGUGGUGACACUGACCAUCAUCCCCACCGUGAUCUACGAGCACAUGGUCAAACGGCUCUCGGCGGGGCUGGUGAAGUCCACCAUGGACCACUCCAUCCCUGACCU